ACAAUUUGUUUUAUUAAUUUUUAAAUUUUUAAAUCAUUCGCGCUCAUUUCAUUCCGUUUAAUGUCAAACACGUACUAGAGAUGUGUCGAAGCCGUCGAAGCCAUCUUUGAAUUCAUUUUUUGAAUGUCUCUCAAUUUUGCUUCGUGUUGUUGAUGUGUAUACGGAAAGUGUGUUUGUUGAAUAAGAUUUUGUAAUUACGGCAAUAUUGUUGUGUAAAAGAAAUUUAGCUAGUCUUUGUCUACGUAAAAAUGUCCCGAUCAGUACGUGCAGAAACGCGAAGUCGCGCCAAGGAUGAUAUUAAAAGAGUUAUGCUAGCGGUCGACAAAGUUAGACAUUGGGAAAAGAAAUGGGUAAACAUUGGCGACACAACAAUGAAAAUCUUCAAAUGGGUUCCAAUUUCAUCGAACAUCGAACAGAAAAAGAAAAUUCUGAAAACCGAAAACAAGGAGAACACAAAAUCGAAUACAGAGCAUUCGAACUCACAUCAGUCGUCCAAUUUCGGAAUAACAACGGAGGACUCGAAUACUUGCUUUUCCAUGGUUAGUGAUUCACAAGGCCCGACCGAAUUUGUGUCGAGCAUGCCGUUUUCGGAAGACUCAAACUCUCAAGGAAAUUUCAAUAAAAUUAUUUAAAGAAUCAAUGGGCCCGCGCACAGAUCGACAACCAUUUCUGUUCCAAUAUCAAAUGUUAUAUGGAACGGGGGACUGAUGAUGGCAGAACCGAUAUUAAGUACUGACACAAUGUUAAUGUCCGUAUAGCAUGUUGUAUUGAGUUUGUGAAUUAAUUUUCCGUUUUUAAUUUAAGAUAAAAUUAGUUUUUAAGCGAUAAUUUGUGCUUAUAAUUAGUAACUGAUGGUGAGUAAGUAAAUUGUAAGUUGAGUCAAUU